CGCAUAUAAGCAAUUCCUCCGCCCGUCUCUCUCUCUCAUCUAACCACCUUCUGCUCCGCCGUGGGGUCCUCUCCUUCCCUCCCUUAGGGUUUUCCUUACUCCUCCAUCUUCCGAUCAUCUGUUCACAAUCAGUUCACGUACAUCGGCAGAUUGUAGAGUCGUUUUUGUACGGAUACGGCGAGUGUGUAUAUCGGCGUAUGAAUCUGUAGGAAGGGUUUCGUUUCCGUCGUGCUUUCUUCUUCAAUGGCGACGGCACCGGUGAAACCGCAGCUGAAAUCGCUCCAUAACUUCCCUGUCUCGCUGAAAUGGGGCAAAACCGCCACGCUUGCCGCCGGAGGAAGCAACGUCACCGGUGGCCGUCCUGCUCCGCCGCCGCUACCGAACGACUCGGAGACGGAUUCUGAUCCUGAUGCUUUCCGGAGGCAGCACCGUCGGCCACCUCCGCCGCCUGCUGGUGCUAGUAUGGCUCCUCAUCGGGUCGGAUCCCGGUCCGCCAGGCAGCAGCGGUUCUCCUUCAGCUCGUGCUCUAGUAUUCUCCCAAAGCCGAUGCCUAAGCAGCAGACGGUGACGGUGCACGAGAAGCCAUCGGCGGCGGAGGAGCAGCUGCGGAAGGAAGUCGUCGCCGUCUCCGAACGGAACAAAGAUGUGGAAUCUGGCGGUGGUGGAGGAGGAGAGGCGGAAGAGGUAGAAGAGGAAGGGAAUCAUCAGCGGCCAUGGAAAUUGAGGCCGAGAAGGGGUCUCUAUUGCUCCCUCGUCGGCAGCGGUGAACUGACGAUGCAGCAACCGAAGGACAAAGCACAACAACAAACGCCAGCGAAAUCGAUGCGAUUGAGAGGAUUGGCGGAGGAUUUAGGCGUCGGCGGCGGCGGAGGAGGAGGAGUGUCUUUUGAGAGGAAGGAGAAGAGGAAGUUCUGGAUUGCUCUGUCGAAGGAAGAGAUUGAGGAGGAUGUCUUCAUCUUGACCGGUUCCAGACCCUCCCGCCGGCCAAUGAAACGACCCAAGAACGUCCAAAAGUUGGUUGAUAACGUCUUUCCUGGUCUGUGGUUGGUGGGAGCUACAGUUGAUUCGUACAGAAUUCCAGAUACCCCGAUUAAGAGGUAGAUACAUAGAGCUUACAGUUGGUUGGUUUUGGGAGAGAUCUCUUUGGAGGGUAGAGAGGAGUUGCUAUGCUACUCACCAUGGAGGCCUCAAUUCGAGGUAUAAUUGGGGGGUGGAUUUUGUGUAAAAAGGAGGGUGCUAAAGAAAGUAGUUUCUUUAAUGCAUAGUGAAUUAUUAGCUAUAGUUUGUUUGAUAUGCUUUUUUGUGAGGCUCCCUUUGGCAUGCGAUGCAGAGUGGAGUGGAGUGGACAGAGGUUUAUAGUCUUUUGCAGUGAUAGUAUAUUACAACGCCAGACAGAAUGGACAGGGAAAGGGGAGAAAAUGGAUGCACAGGGAAAGUUGAUGGCUGAAUAUUUAUGUUGCUUGCUUGGAGAUACAGGCUGAUGCCUGCCCUGCAUUCUUCCAAUGCUCUGGAAGACUUGUUAUUCAGUUCAGCUUAUCUUGCAUUUUAGGGAGCAAGUGAUACCUCUUGUUGCUGUUUGUUCAAGUCUAGUGUGUUGCUUAGGAUAACUUUUGCGUAUCGGGUGGUCAUUUCGUGUUAUCAGUCUGCAGAGUUAUGAUCUUCAAGAGUACCCUUGUUCUUGCUUCUCAGUCUGCCAUGAUAUAAGUUAUAAGUUUUAGGAGGUAUGGAAAGGGGAGUGUAGUGGCUUGAACAUCAUUUGGUAGCUCUGUAACUCUGAGGUCUCAGUGUUGUGGAUACGAUGCGAUCCUAUAUGCCGUUGGUUGAUGAUAGAUGUGAAGUGCAAGGCUUAAGUAAGUCUCUAUGGUUCCAGGUUUUGCUUAGUUCGUUCAUUUGCAUACCAUUUGCGUAACUCUGGUGCGGCAAAAGCUUGAUUCAUGGGUUAGUAAAGGGCAUUGAACUUUAUGUUGUGUCGUAGAAGAAGGGGUUUGCAUUGGGUGUCCACAUUCAAGUUAGGCCUCACUAUGGUCAAGCUUCUGGUGCUGGCUGCCACAGGUUAUUUUGAAGCAGAAGAUUUGGGUUAGUAGGUAGCUUGGCUUUUGUAAGUGUCUUUUCUACUGUUGCUUGGUAAAAAGAUUGAACAGGUGAUGGGCUAGUUAAUUAGUUCGUAUAGUAAUGCUGCUUGUUUCCUCUCUCUCAUCUUCGUAUUGUGUUUUGGACGAUGACUUGCCGUGGUUUUCAAAUUUAAGCUUGUUUUCUCUUUCUUCCGUGCAAAGUCGUCAACGCUUUUUAACCCGUUGGUCCGGUCGAGCAAGUGGGUUGAGGGUUAAUGUGUUGACUGCUUUAGCCCGAUUUAGUCUGGAUAUAUGAUAAAAGUUAUUAUAUUGUUCAUACAUUUAUAAAUUAUAUAAAAAAAAUAUAAAAUUUCAUCUAAUAAUAUGAGUAAUAACAUAGAACAUCACACUAAGAUAAUAUGUUGUACUUGGAUCCAAUAUAUACAACAUUGGAUUCAAUAUAUAGUGAAAAUUCAUACACACUUAUAUAACAUCAAUGUUCAAAUGUAACUUAAAAUUCCAAAGACUGGGUUAGACGAAAAGAAAAAUAAAAUAUGUGCAUUUCACAAACCAAAAGAAAAAUCACUUUGUUUGACCUCCAAUCUGAUACCCUGUAGCGGGUCAAUCAGGCGAGUGUAUACGGUCCUUUUUUUCACUGGGUCAGAGUCAAAGUGGGCCAACCGACGAUCAACCCGCGAGUUAACAACCUUGAUUCGUGAGUUGUCUUGCAAACAAAGUAAUUUGAGUAUUGUGGUUGUGGAUGCCCAAAUAUUAAAGUGGUCAUCUCAAUUUUAUGGAUUGCUAGAAGCGGAGCGUACCUAUCAGUGUUUUAAAAUCGUACUUUCAUCAGAUAAAAUAUGUUAUUGACUUUUUCUGUAUAACCUCUAAUAUGGUUUAAUGAUCAUUAAGGGACAGUCGACAUUCAUACUAGUUGUCUCUGAUCUAAUUGGGCUGGGCUGGAGUAUUUUAAACAAAUACUGGUUAUCUUAGCGGACAAAAUGAGUGGUUUUGUUUAAAUUGUUGUCCAACCGUGUUCUAUAUCGGUAUAAUCUUGUAACUUUUAGAACUCUGGUAGUUGGAUAUUUGGUUGAACUAACAAACACCAAUUUCGACUUUCGAGUGUAACAAAAUUUCCAGUUCUACUCUCACAUCACUACAUUGUAAUCGGGCCGAGUAUCUUUUGUAAUCCAGUUUUCGUUUUUCCACUUUACUUAACUGGGCCAUCUCCAUCCCUAUCCCUACUGCAGACACAAAGAAGACUCAGCUAAGCUGAAAAAGCCCAGCCCGUGUUAUUGCGGAAGCCCAAAUCUUUUCAACUAGGCAGUGGUACAUUCGCGCCCCAAUUGUGGAAAUAGUUCCCAGUAGGGCUGCAAACGGCUCAGCGUUCGACUCGGGAAAAACUCGUUCGCAACUCGUCUAGUUUACUAAUGAGUCGAGCUUGAGCUUAGUCUUCUGCAGCUUGGGGAGGUGGCUUGUGGAGCUCAACUCGUGAGCUGGCUCGUUUAGAGCUCAUGAGAUGUCUCAACUCUCAACAUUGUGGCUAGAGAACCAACUCGAUUACCGAGUUAUGACUUAUGAGCGAAUCGAUCUAUAUGAGUUUUGAUUUUGGUAAUUCAUAGGAUUGUUAAAUUAUAUAUCUCACCUUAUAUGAAGUUUAACACGUAGAUUAUGUGAGCAAAUAUGUCCUAUAUAAUUUUAAAAAUAAAUUAUAUAUCAUAGAUUGUUUCGAUAAUAUGAAAUAACAUAAUUUCACUAGUUACAUUUUAUUAACUAAAUAGUGUGAUACACAAAGUAUAAAAUGAGAUUAGUUAAUAUUGAACGCUUAACUUUUAUUAUUAUUUUAAUCUUGACAUUAAUCACAUGUAUCAUGUAUGACAUACAAAAUGAAUAUAUCAAAUACGAGUCAAGAUUUUAUUAAGAAAUCUAGCUCGAACUCGACUCGACUCGUCUCGUUUAUUAGCAAGUCGAGCUCGAGUCAACUCCUUUAUUAACGAUCUGAGCUCAAACUAGGGUAAAACACGACUCGGCUCGGUUCGGCUCAUUUGCCGCCUUAGUUCCCACCAAACGAAGCAGGCAUGUUUAUCUCCAAUGAAACAACUUAUAUUUAACUGGGCUAUUGUUUCUGACUUCGUGUGUUUUACGUUUGAAAGCUUUAAUCCAACAGGCCCAAUCAGCAAAAUUAUAGAGUGAUUGGCAAUCUGUCUCUACCAUAUUCGAGCCCAAGCCCUCUCUACGCAAGCCAUCUGCAAUCCCAACAGAAUUGCCAAUAAUAGACACUCCCCAGCCCAAUUACGCAAGACUACUCCCACGGCACGACCCACUAAUUCCGCAACACAUAGCAGCAUACAGGUUCUUGAGUCGAGAGAAGACUAGAUAUAGGAAUAAGGCAUCUCUUAAAGUUCUGCAAAGAUUUUGUUCUUAUGACUACAAUCGGAUUAUCUAACGAUGAUUCAAAGUGACAGGGGUCUAGUUGUAUGAGCUUAAGGUUAGAUCACAUGAAGAAGUACUAUAAAUACUUCUCAUAUUACUACGUAAUAUGUAUCUUCUCAAAGUAUAGUGAAAUUGACUAUCUCUUGCCUGUGGACUUGCUAACACAAAUGGUGUUAGUGAACCACGUAAAUCCGUAUGGCUUGUUUCGUUUAUUAUUUUCAUUUUUCUAGCUCUAUCGAUCCUCUGAUCCGUAAAAAAAAUCACGGCAUAUUUUGAUAACAAAACUUUCAGUUAUCUACCAUGAAGAAAUUUUCCUCAUUUUCCUAUCUAAAAUUUAAACUUUAAUUCAUGGUUGUACUCUGGUAUGGUAGGCUGAUAAAUAUGAGCUUAUUAUUAAUACGGACUCAAGUAUUGUCUGACCGAAGAGAAAAUAUAUGAGCUCCUUAUUUAAAUUAUAUUAUCUAGGGCUGGUAUUCGGUAACACGGUAUCCGGUAUACCCGACGGUAUCAGUAUACGGCCGCACAAUUAUCCAAAUGGUAUACCGGAUGACAUGUGGUAACUUACCGACGGGAAAUCGGUGACCCGUAAUACCGAACCCCAUUAGUAAAAUGCAGCGCAGCAGAUUGGGGUAAACCCUAAUACCCAAAAUCAGACCUCGCCUCCCUUGCUGCACGCCGCGCUCGACCCUCUCAGUCUCUGAUUCUCUCCCGAAAGUCGAAACUCCAACAUCUCCGUCUUCCUCUUCUCUUCACCAGCACCAACAGCAGUCCCCGACAGAGAGAGCUACGCAGUCGGCCGCCGCUUCUUGAAACCGACGGAGAGUGGUUCAAUUCCGACCACGAUUGAGGAUUGAAGAACGAAUUGAAGAUGUAGGAGAAGAACAUGGAUUUUGCUGACUGUUCGCUGAGUUCGAGGCAGAGGCGCAUAACAGCUGGUGGUGCGGACGCAAUUUAGGCCAUCGUCAAGUUUUCUUCUUCUCCAUUCUGGCCAAGAAGCAGCGACCGGCCAGCGAAGAGUUUUUUUUUUGUUUUUUGUAACUCUUUUUCGAGGCUAACAGUAGCCGAUCUGUCUCUUUUGCUGUCGGGUUUCGGUAUACCGGUGUUAUACCGGUUACCAAUUAUUUGGUAUACCGGUUAAAAUCCGGUAUCCGUAUUCGGCUGUCAUAUUGUCAGUUCUCGGUAUAUUGAAUACUGGGUAAUCGAUAUCCGCUAUACCGGAUACCGACCGACUACCAACUCUACUACUAUCAAAUACUGAGGUAAGUAUAUUGCUCAAAACGAAUUUUAGAGAAAAUGUACAAAUGAAAGAUUAUAUUGAUGAUCAAAACAUUCCUGGUGCGACCUAAGUUGUUCUUUUACUGCCAAAGCUCACCUAGCUUAGUGGUGAAAUCUUUAGUGAGCGCCCGUUCCAGGAAUUGGCAGAUUUUGUGUUCGAACCCAUCAAGGCCUGUUAUGAUGUUCCCGAAGGUAUUUAAUGGGAUCUUUGUGGAGGGCUCAAGCAGGUGAACCUCCAAAUUUGAUUCUUAAUAAAAAAAUGUUCUUUUA